AUGCUCAGUGUGGUACCCACUUUCAUUAAGGAUUCACUUAAUAGGAAGAAAGUUCUUGCUGUUCUUGAUGAUGUUAAUGAUCCAGAGCAACUAGAAGCUUUAGCUAUAAAUGAUGAUCAUUGUUUUGGGCUGGGAAGUAGAAUCAUUUUAAUAAGCAGAGACAAGCAUGUCCUUAGCAGUGCUAAAAAGAUAAAUGAGGUUAAGGUAUAUGAGGUUAAGGGAUUGGAUUGUAGCGAUGCUCUUCAGCUGUUAAGUAUGAAAGCCUUCAAACAAAACCAUCCUCCGGUGGAAUAUAGAGAGUUGUCCAAAAGGGUAGAAACUUAUUGUAAAGGUGUUCCACUAGCUCUCAAGGUUUUGGGUUCCUAUUUGUGCGGAAGGACUUCUAAAGAAUGGGAAAGUGCAUUGAAUAAACUGAAGGUAUCUCCUGACUACAACAUUCUGAAAGUCUUAAAAGUAAGUUAUAAUGCUUUAGAUCGAAUGGAAAAAAGCAUAUUUCUAGAUAUUGCAUGUUUCUUCAAAGGAUAUGACAAAAGCUGGGUAGAAGAUAUAUUAGAUGAUUGGGUGAUAAUUCGUCUAAUGGAUAAGUGUCUCAUAACUAUCGUGGAUGACAAGUUAGAGAUGCACGAUUUGAUAGUGGAAAUGGGUCAAGAUAUUGCUCGGCGGAAGGGUAACCGAUUAUGGAUUUCUACAGAUAUCUGUCAAAUGUUGGCCACAAAUGAUAAUAAGGCAAAGAAAGUAGUUGAAGGCCUAUUUUUGGACAUCUCUACAAUUGGAAGGGUAUAUUUGAAUCCUGCCGUGUUCUCAAGAAUGCACAACUUGAGAUUGCUCAAAUUUUACGGGAGUCCCUGGUUAAAGAAGGAAGGUACUGGCUCCAUAUUUGAAUCUAGCGGAUCAGAUUGUCUAAAAAGUCUUCCUAACAAGUUGAGAUUACUUCAUUGGGAAGAAUACCCUUUCAAGUCUUUGCCAUUAAAUUUUUCCAUGGAAAACCUUGUCCGCCUCAUCAUGCCAUGUAGCGAAGUUGAAGAGCUCUGGAAUGGAUCUACGUGUUUGCCAAACUUAAAAUCUCUUGAUCUUAAUUGCUCAGAGAAUCUGAAAAUAGUCCCUGAUUUUUCUAUGAUGACAAGCCUGGAAGUGAUAAAUUUUGAUGGUUGUGAGAGUUUGAUUGAGAUUCCAUCAUCCAUUCAGUGCCUGGAAAGACUCCGUUUUCUUGAUAUAGGUCAGUGCAAAAAGUUGAUAAGUCUUCCACAAAUGCCGAGAGGCAUAAAAUAUUUAUAUCUCAAUUAUUCUGGAGUGGAAGAGUGGUCUACGUCAUCUAUCCAAUUUCUUGACAAUCUUCGGUUCUUAAAUAUUUCCCAUUGCGAAAACCUUAGAAGUCUUCCAAGAAUUAUAUAUUGCAAUACUUUAACACUUGAUAUCAGUUUCUGCCCAAAUCUCAUCAUGGCUCCGCAGAUUAUGGAAAUGCUCAACGGUCUCCCAAAUAGCACUUGCGAAUGGAAAGGCUCUGAGAUUCUGAGUCUCCGUGGCUGUUCAAAUCUUGAGAAAUUGCCUCCCUUAUUUGGUUUACUCUCUUUACGAUAUCUAUAUCUAGAUGGCACUGCACUUGUAGAAAUUCCCCCUGACAUUGUUUCUUUGUCAUCAUUAGAAGUACUGUCUCUAAGUGAUACUCCAAUGGAAGAAUUGCCGUCAUCAAUUGGUUGUCUCUCUUCACUUGUUAGUUUGUAUUUGAAGAGAUGUAAAAACCUUAAGAGUCUCCCAAACAGCAUUUGUGAAUUGAAAUGUCUUGGGACUCUACAUCUCAGUGGCUGUUCAAAUCUAGAGAAAUUGCCUCCUUUAUAUGGUUUAUGCUCCUUAAACGGGAUAUAUCUAGAUGGCACUGCACUUGUAGAAAUUCCCCCUGACAUUGUUUCUUUGUCAUCAUUAAAAGUACUAUCUCUAAGUGAUGCUCCAAUGGAAGAAUUGCCGUCAUCAAUUGGUUGUCUCUCUUCACUUGGUCGUUUGAAUUUGCAGAGAUGUAAAAAGCUUAAGAGUCUCCCAAACAGCAUUUGUGAAUUGAAAUGUCUUAAGACUCUACAUCUCAGGGGCUGUUCAAAUCUAGAGAAAUUGCCUCCUUUAUAUGGUUUAUGCUCUUUACGAGAUCUAUAUCUAGAUGGCACUGCACUCGUAAAAAUUCCCCUUGACAUUUUCUCUUUAUCAUCAUUGGGAGUAUUGUUUCUAAAUGAUACUCCAAUAGAAGAAUUGCCGUCAUCAAUUGGUUAUGAAUUGAAUUUUUGUAAUUGCGUAAAUUUGGACCAAAAUGCACGUGGCACCAUUAUGGCAGAUGCUGUCCAGAGAAUUAAAGAAUUAGCCAUUGCUAGAAGUUAUCCAGAAGCAAAAUGCCUGAGUGGUUGA